AUCAUUUUCCUCUCGCAUGGCGUCAGUGCGGAACACGGAAGUUGAAACGAGCAGAUAAUUGACAUCGCUUUUAGCCAGUUGGGUGUUUCUUAUUUUAACACUUGUCCAAUGACAAGAGGGGGGAAUAUUUCUCCUGGUGCAUCCAACUUUUCUGUAGCGUGAUUACUACAGUUGUCGAUGUGAAUCCAACUAGGAAGUCAAGAUGGCAAGUCCUUCGAAAGAAUCAGGAAGUGUCGAAAUGGACAGCGCAAUCGGUGGACGCAGCCCUGCCAUUUCAGGUGUCACUCAGAAUGUCACAGAAACAGAUGCCAUUUACAGAGGUUCUAUCCAGUUGGACCCUGAUGAGGAGUACAAGAUGGACCACAAGAAGAGAGGCCGUGUCCUCAUUUUUAACCAGGAGCAGUUCUUUUGGCGCCUGGGCAUGCAUCCAAGAAGUGGUACCAACGCGGAUCGUCACAAUUUGGUUAAACGAUUUGAGGAACUACAAUUUGAAGUGAAUGCUUACGAUAACCUCAAGCUGGAGGAAGUUUGGACCAAAAUAAGUGAAACUGCUGAGGCUGAUCAUACGGACUCUGACUGCUUUGUCUGCGUUUUCCUGAGUCAUGGAGAGAACGAUCAUGUGUUUGCUUAUGAUGGUAAGAUCGCCAUUCAGGACAUUACUGCGCUUUUCAAAGGAAACAAGUGUCCAAGCCUAGCUGGGAAGCCCAAGAUAUUCAUCUUACAGGCAUGCCGUGGAGACAAACAUGACGAUCCUGUCACGCCUAUGGAUGUGGUGGACACAAAGACCAAUGAAGUAGAGGUUGAUGCUGGAGUUGUCUACACUUUGCCAUCAGGGGCUGAUUUCCUUAUGUGCUAUUCUGUGGCAGACGGAUAUUACUCUCACCGUGAGACAGUGAAUGGCUCAUGGUACAUCCAGGACCUGUGUGAGAUCCUAAAAGAACAUGGCCAGGCUCUGGAGUUCACAGAGCUCUUGACGGUCGUCAACCGCAAAGUGUCCCGGCGUAGUGUUGGCAUGUGCAAAGAUCCUUCUGCCAUUGGAAAAAAGCAGGUGCCUUGUUUUGCCUCGAUGCUGACCAAGAAGCUGUACUUUAGGCGUAAGACUACCUAGUGUUUACAGUUGGUCACUACAUCCUAAGGAUGCGUUGGGGGAUUCUUCCAAAGUGUCUGUGAAUGUUCAUCUUUCUGAUCAUGACAAGCAAGUCAAAAAUCCAACUUAAUGAUCCUUGAGUGUUUUGGCUAUGGAUAAAAUCAGUUAAGUUCCAACAGCAACUAAACUCAAUUUUUAUGUUUAUGCCUGAAGAACAACACUAUUUUAUGAGAUUUAUAUGAUAACUGUUCUUUUAAUGUCCCACAAUUGUAGUAACGGAUCAACAGAUUGCAACAGAUCAAAAUAUUUUAACAGGGAGAUUACCGGGUUAAAUACAAACUAAAUACCUCAUGAUCCAUUUAUACCAUACCUCAUACUGGAUAUCAUAAAGCAGAAAUAAAUCAUUGCUGAAUCAUUCACAUUAUUGUUCAGAUUGAGAGAGCUACAAUUUUAAAAGUAGAAGAAAAUCUUUGGUGAUGUAUGUUUUUUUUAAUUAUGAAGACCAUUUCUGUGACAUUAUCUCUCAAGAAAUAGGGGAGUUAACACAUGAUUUCUUGAACACAAGGAAGCGACAGAGACCUGAAUUACCAGUUCAUGUUCCAGCGUUGUUACCUUCUAAUCCUGCAUUUUCAUUUGUUGCAACACAGUCCUCCACAGUGUGCUUCCAAAAAAGGGAAUUACUGUUAGAUAUUGUCACUCCAGUUUUGUAUUGUGCUACAGAGUUGACCAUAUUAAUUAAUGACCAUAUUAAUUUCCACGUAUGUGUCUUAUGUCUUACUAUGUCUAAUCUCACUUGUUCAAAUACAGAAAGUACCUCAGGGGGAGAGGUGUCUUGAGCUGUGGGAAAUGCAUAUCUCAGAUUCCUUCAUUAUGGUUGGGGGGAGGGUGGUUUUUAAACACAUGAUUGAGCUGUACUCACACUUUUGCAGUGUCCUCUAUGAGAACACAUGGUCUCAUUGACUGCUGCAAAUGAGUUCACCAGAACAACUUUGUCAAGGCUGUUGUACUGAGUUUUGUAGCAAAUGAUAAUGUGUCAACACACUCACAUUAUGUUUGUGCUGCACAAGCCUGAUAAAAGAAACAAAAAACAUUGCUGCUGCACGGACAGGAGGCUUUAAUGGGGGGAAAAUGUCAGCAGUGGUGAUUUUUGUUUCUUUAACCCAUGGUGUUGUCAGGCAUGUAGUGGAACCUGCAGUACUGUAAACCCCUCCAAGAUGUGCAGGACUGCACAUGUAGUACUACACGUUCACAUGAACGUCAUACUGACAGUGUGUCAUUUUUCACAUGUUAAUAAUCACUCAGGACUAUGUGAGGACUAUACUUUGUCAAUUGUUUUUAAUCAAAUUCCUAUGACAUUUCUGAACAGUAAAUAAAGCCAGCAUGUUGAAGACCGGGUCAGAUGUUGUUAAAGUACACAAUCAUUAAGCUGAAAUCUCUGGCCAUAGCGACUUUGUCAUGAAAUAAAAAGCUGGUCAAGAUUAUUCUGAUCAAGAGUUGUAGUGUAGUCCGUAAAUGGGCUACCCAGAGGUACAUGAUCAUUCCUUCAUUUAAGGUUAUCUGUUGAAGAUGAUGUUUACAACCACUGUGUACUUUCUAUAUGGGCUUAUGGUGAUGGGCUUUGCACUAUCAAUGAGUUAUGGAGUCUGGUUUGUAUUGUUUUUCCUUUUUAAGUAUGAAUGAAACAUUUGCCCUUAAGGGAAUUUGUCUUGUGUUCAGGAGAAGCUGGGUAAUGCACUAGUUGGUGUAAUUAUUGACUCCAGUUGUAUGAAUUUGGUGUGCAAUAAAACAAAAGAGAAAAACA